AUGGGCCUGGCGACGGUCGAACGAUUGAUAAGCGACGGCUGGAAAGUAGCCGUCUUCGACUUCAACGCUGUCACUGGCGCCCAAGUCGCCGAAAGGCUCGGACCCAACCUUCUGUUCCUCCAGGGAAACGUAGCGAAUUAUGACGACCAGGCCAAAGCAUUUCUCCAGACUUGGUCGAAAUGGGGGAGGAUUGAUUUUGUUUGGGCAAAUGCGGGCACAGGAGACCGUACACAAUUUUUCGCCGACGCCAAAGAAACUGAGAACGGGGCACCUCCCGCUCCAGAUCUGCUGGCCAUCGACGUCUGUCUGAUUGGUGUCUUCUACACCUCGUACCUGGCUCUGCAUUACUUCAAGAAAAACCCUGACCGGAAGGGCAAAUUGAUUAUGACGUCCAGUUCCACGGGGAUUCACGCGCAUUACAUGUUUCCCGCAUACUCGGCCUCAAAGCAUGGUGUGAUUGGCAUGACACGAUGUCUAGGCAAACAGAUGAGAGUACUGAGCGAGAAAAUCACGGUCAACUGCAUCUGCCCCGGGUUGGUGCCGACCGCCAUCAUCAGUGCGAGCUACGUCGCAACAGCUAAUCAAGACGCCAUCACGCCUCCGUCACUGAUUGUGGACUGUGUCUACAAGAUCCUGGGUGACGACUCGCUGAACGGAGCCUGCCUCGAGGUGGUGGGAAAGGAGAUCAUCGAGCGGCCAGAACCAGCUCCAGCGAAUUGGGCGGCCGAGUAUCUCUUGGGCGACGAGUUUGCCGCCGUCACCCGCAAAGCCGGCGAGAUUGACAAAAUUUACCAAGGCGCGGAAGACAAGAACGAAAUGUCAGUCAGGUAG